AUGCCAGAGAUAGAAGAGUACCACAAACCAGCUUCACGGCCCACGGACGAUGAUGCCGAGCCCGGCUCCUCAUCCGAAGCGAUGCCAACAAACCCCCAGCCGCAGUCCGGCUUCUUCUCCGCCCUGCCGCUCGAAAUACGUCAGAACAUCUAUCGGCACUUGUGGAUAGCCGCCGGAUCGACGCAGCAUGUCUACAAAGCCAGCCCCUCCCCGCUGGCGCCCCUCUCCCAUUGCGCUUGCAUCUCGGAUCCGGACGCCGAAGACGUGCGGGAGAUCAAGCUCACCAACGUUCUGGAAGCCCCGCCCGCGGAGCAAGCGCCGGAAUGCCGAGAUGGCGCCUUCACCGCAGAGGCCAUGGCACAGCGUGACGAGAUCAACGAUUGGCGACUGCGCAACGCUUCGCUCUGGUGCAACCACUGGGCAUGUGAAGAGGAACCCCCCGUGCUGCGGCCUGUGGAUGAUUCGAUCGGCGAUAGUGACGGCGAUAAGAAAAGGCGGCGCACGAUGGUGAAGGAGUUUAGCCCCUUUCUGGCCAUCCUCCUCGCCUGCAAGCGCAUGCACCAGGAGGCGGUCGACUCCAUGUACGAUGACACGGCGUUUUCAUUCGUCGGGAUCGAUGCUCUUUCCAGAUUCUUGGAGACGACCAACGCCGAAUCACUGAUUCGGAUCAACACCCUUCACCUCAUCUGGGCCGCCUCCAUAGAAUCAUACAUGGACCCAGAGGAUGAAGAGGCUAUUACAGCCAAGAUGCAAUGGUUUGACCUUUGGUCGAAGGCUGCUGAUAAACUUCCUCGGUUGAAGGAACUUCGAAUUUGGAUGUACCCGCAAUACGCCCGAUACCCGAUGCCUCAUGAAGAAUGGUUCAAGCCUCUUCAUUUAUUCAGAAAUGUGCCCACAUAUGAGAUCUCAUUGAGAUGGUUUCAAGACCCCGCGACGCCAGAUACUGGGCCCUUGGAUUUCUUAGAGGAGGCACCCUUCAAAUAUGAGCGGACGCCACCACUCGGGGAGAACCCUUUGCAUUUCCAUUGGCGUCGGAUGAUGGGGCUCUUCCUUGAUGAACCGAGAUCUAUGCCGACCCGGAGGCAGAAGAAGAAAAGAUAUCUUGGCCGGUCGUGA